GGAGCGCUCCCACUUGCACGCGCGCUCCCACCGCCCCGUGCGCCGCCUCGCGCUUCGGAGCGCUAGCCUCGCUGAGGCGCAGGCACCGCAGGCGAGAGCGCCGAGGGGACCCACGGCCUCCACAUGGCUGACCUGAGCUUCAUCGAAGAUACCGUGGCCUUCCCGGAGAAGGAGGAGGAUGAGGAGGAAGAGGAGGAGGGUGUGGAGUGGGGCUACGAGGAAGGUGUUGAGUGGGGCUUGGUGUUUCCGGAUGCUAAUGGGGAGUACCAGUCUCCCAUUAACUUGAACUCAAGAGAAGCUCGAUAUGACCCCUCACUGCUGGAUGUCCGCCUCUCCCCGAAUUACGUGGUCUGCCGGGACUGUGAGGUCGCCAACGAUGGGCACGCCAUUCAGGUUAUCCUGAAGUCAAAAUCAGUUCUAUCUGGAGGUCCAUUGCCUCAAGGGCAUGAAUUUGAGCUGUAUGAAGUCAGAUUUCAUUGGGGAAGAGAAAACCAGCGUGGUUCUGAGCACACAGUUAAUUUCAAAGCUUUUCCCAUGGAGCUCCACCUGAUACACUGGAACUCCACCUUGUUUGGCAGUAUCGAUGAGGCUGUGGGGAAGCCCCGUGGAAUCGCCAUCAUUGCCUUGUUUGUUCAGAUCGGAAAAGAACACGUAGGCCUGAAGGCUGUCACUGAAAUCCUCCAGGAUAUUCAAUAUAAGGGGAAGUCCAAAACAAUACCCUGCUUUAAUCCUAACACUUUAUUACCAGACCCUCUGCUGCGCGAUUACUGGGUCUACGAAGGCUCUCUCACUAUUCCGCCCUGCAGUGAAGGUGUUACCUGGAUAUUAUUCCGAUACCCUCUAACAAUAUCCCAGCUACAGAUUGAAGAAUUUCGAAGGCUGAGGACACAUGCAAAAGGGGCAGAGCUUGUGGAAGGCUGUGAUGGGAUUUUGGGAGACAAUUUUAGACCCACUCAGCCACUCAGCGACAGAGUCAUUAGAGCCGCGUUUCAGUAGCUGAAGAGGGCAGAAGCCGGUGCGUCUUCAUCUGGGAGGAAGACAGUGGUCCUAUAGUGCCCAUGGGUGAGAAACGGAAACUUUGAGCUGCAGCUUCGGUUUAUCCUCAAAGCCUGCAUUGUUUGUCUUCAUCUAAUCGAGCUUUAAUGGACAUCUGUAACAGUUGCCUGUACACAUGCUCUAAUGAAAUAUUAGAAAUGGCUGUAAAUUCAAAAGAAACCCCAUGUUAUGUAUCCACAUCACUGCUGCCAGUAUUCAUAUUUUUGCACAUACUGUUUAUUGCUUAUGUGUAGAAGAAAUGAAACUAGUUUUCAGAGUUAUUAUUAAUAUGAAUAUAUAUCAUGUAUUAAUACUGAGACAGGAAAAAUACAUUUCCAGCGUUUGCAGUCCUUCAUUUCCUGUCUCCAACAGAAAAUUCACUCAUUCAGAAAAUAAUGUAAUUCUUGAUAAUAAAAUGAGAGUUUUGAUCAAGAACAGCAUAUACAGCUCCAAAAUGGAAUGUGAAGGAUUAGUAAAAAACACAUCUCAUGUUACUUUGCAACCCUCAUACCAUGGUUAAUGUCAGGGUGAUUUGUUAUAAAACACGAUUUGGGAGUUAAUGUAAGAACAUAAUACUCACUUUAUAUAUUACUUUCUUAGUUAAAGGAUUUAAUUGAUUAUACGAAUCUAAUCAUACUUAUUUGACAUAUUAGAAGCUGAGGUUUCUAGGAAUUUGAGAAAGGUAUAAGAAAUAAAUAGGCUAAAGAGAAAGUGGAUACUUUAUUUUAUAGCUUUAUUUUCCAUGAUAGAAACAUAAAUUUAAUAGUAUCCUAUAAUAAUUUAGUGUUGUACAUUUUGUAAGACUUUAAAAUAUUUUAUUUUAUAGGUUUCACUUUGGCAUAUUGAGAUCUUUGUUUUGAAGAUGAAUCAUAUCCUUAUUUUAAUUAAUUUUAAGUGCUACUGGCAAAUUUAAGCAUAUGCUUAGAUGCAGUUAGAUGUAAUAGAAUGAGAUAAUUUAUGUAAAGCAGUAGAAUGCCUGGCACAAAGCAAGUACUUAAUAAAUGUUAUUAGUUGUUGUUAUAAUUGUUGUAAAACUAAUGACUUCAAUAACGUUACACUCAAUUUUGAGGGAUUUUGUGAUGCAGAAUAUCUAAGUUAGAAAUAGAAAAUAAUACAGAUGGAAUAAUUAUGUGUUGAGAGAUUUUAAAUGUGUUGGGUAAAGGUUGUAAUAAUGAAAAGCAUUAAAUGCAAAUAAAAAAAAUCUUACUAAGUAUCCCUGAAAACAGAAGCUAAGAAGGUUCACGGUGGAGCCUUGGGCAGGGAGAGAAAGGACCAGAGCUGCCCCAAAGAGAGGAAGCAGAGGCGGAUGAAGGGUCAGCAUCUAACAAAGCCCUGGACCACAUGAGGGCGGCA